GACUGAAUCGACAACAGUAAUGGCUGCGAGCACAAAGCACAACUUGUACCCAAAUGUCCAGAAUACUAACGGGGAACUAGACAACUCGAACAACAGUAAUGAUUCUAGAAAUGAGGCUCAAGUUGAUUUGUUGAGGGGCACUGAGAAAUAUCAUGAUGGCGAGCAACCAAGCGAGCAGCCUGCGAAGUGGGGGCGUGGCAUGGUACAAGCAAGACUACCCUGAAAACACUCUCGAACCUGAUAACCCCAAUGAGCAGCUUGCCCAGGAUGUGUCCAGUACAGCAGUUCUCACCCCCCUCGAUGAUGACUUGGUGGGAAAUGUCCAAGAUCCAUCUGAUCGAGGAAACUGGACGGGUCGCUUUGACUUCCUCAUGUCUCUGUUGGGAUAUUCAGUCGGUCUCGGAAAUGUCUGGAGGUUUCCGUACCUAGCAUAUACAAAUGGUGGAGGGGCCUUCCUGUUCCCCUUCAUCAUCAUGUUGCUGCUUGUCGGACUGCCCAUGAUGUUCCUGGAACUCUCCUUUGGUCAGUUUGCUGCUCUCGGUCCAGCUGGCAUCUUUGACCGCAUCUGUCCUCUUUUCUAUGGUGUGGGCUACGGCAUGGUGGCUGUAUCUGCCCUGGUCUCCCUCUACUACACGGUCAUCAUUGCCUGGGCAGUACUCUACAUGUUCACAUCCUUCACCUCGGAGCUGCCGUGGCAGAGAUGUCACUCACCCUGGAAGACAAAGGAUUGCUAUUCCUACACGGAUGCUGAUGACUGUAUGAGUAACAACGGCUCUGUAUACUUUGAGAGUCACUGCUACAAUUCUACAUAUGCUGCUGAAAAUAAUGUAACUGCAGAAGUCAAUGUUACAUCACGGCACGCACCAGCCCAGGACUUCUUUGAAAAUAACAUCCUCUCAAUGACAGACAGCAUAGCCGAUUUAGGAACAGUGAAAUGGCAAAUAGCCUUGUGUCUGCUGUUUGCGUGGGCACUUACCUUCCUUGCUUUAAGUCGAGGUGUCAAGUCUGUAGGAAAGGUGGUAUAUUUCACAGCCCUUUUUCCAUAUGUGGUUCUGACAAUCCUUUUCUUCCGCGGAGUGACCCUAGAGGGAGCACAAGACGGCAUUAUAUAUUACCUCACACCAGACUUUGAAAAACUCAAGUUAGCUAAGACAUGGGUGGAUGCUGCCGUGCAGAUAUUUUUUGCUUUAAGUCCUGCCUGGGGUGGUCUUAUUACUCUGUCCAGCUACAAUAAGUUCCACAACGACUGCUUUAAGGAUACUCUGAUUGUAUCUAUAGGAAACAUCUGCACGAGUAUAUUUGCUGGCUUCGUUAUUUUUGCCAUAGUGGGCUAUCUGGCAAAUGAGCUGAAAAUGCCAGUAGAUAAGGUGGUUGAGCAAGGUCCAGGUUUGGCAUUCAUCGUGUUCCCAGAUGUGGUGACGCGUCUCCCAAUUUCCCCGCUUUGGUCGUUCCUUUUCUUUUUCAUGUUGAUCACACUGGGUAUGGGAAGUGAGUUUGCUUUGUUGGAGACAAUAAUGACGGCUGUCCAGGAUACAUAUCCCCCUCUGCGUCAGAAGAAAACCUGGGUUGUACUCGCUGUCAGUGUCUUAGGCUUCCUCGGGGGCCUUAUUAUAUGCACAGAGGGUGGAAUGUACAUCUUACUGUUGAUGGAUACGUAUGCAGCCAGUUGGUCGGUUUUCCUUAUGGCGAUCCUCGAGUGCGUUAUCAUAUCCUGGAUAUACGGAUGUGACAGAUUCCUCCAAGAUAUUCAACAGAUGAUUGGCGUGAGGAGUCGCCACUGGCACAACUUCUUCAAACUUUUCUGGAAAUAUCUGACACCAGGGACACUGAUUUUCCUGCUGUUCUUCAACUGGAUUCAGUAUACUCCAAUCAAGUACGGAAAAAAGCGAUAUCCUGUGUGGGCCGAUGGUGUGGGCUGGGUGUUGGCCUUUAUACCAGUGCUACUCAUUAUAGGCAUGAGUGUACAUAAAGUUCUCAUCGCUCCUUCAGACAUGACACUGCUGGAGAAAAUCCGACACUUGUUGAAAGCAACACCAGAGUGGAAACCAGCUCAUAAACUGCCUGAAAUAGAUAUAAUGGAUACUGAGGAAAAGGGAAAGACAAUUACCAACCCUGGAUUCAAUGGCAAUGCCAGCCCAUUUGAAACAAGGAUAUAGUCAGUGUGGAUACACUGAUGAAAUCUUCGACUAUCACCUAAAUAUGUCAGCCAAAGGGAGAUAACUCAUCUAGCAUUCCACAACGCGGGACUAACAACGUACAUUGUUUUAAGUGAACAACAGCCACACUUACUCCUGCAUAUGUCCAAUGCUGCGCCAUUCCCACAAUCUCGUCUAGAAUAGUCAACCAACAAAUGAGUUUUAGAUUUGUCUACCUUCUCCUUUGGCUGGUACACUGUUGUUGACUUUGUUGACUACACCAACGAGGGGUAUGCCUCGGUGUAGUCAUGCUUGGAUGCUUGUGGUGGAGAGAUGCUUCUUCUUGAGCUAAGUGCCUGGGUAGGUGGCUCAAUAUAUUGAUGCAGGCGCCAAUUGAGUGGAGUUUUUUUUAACUUUUGACCCUUCUUAAAAUACAUCCACAAGUCGAAGCAUUUCAAGCCACUGUUUAUAGCACAGGACAUGAUUAUGUUGGACAUUUGCCCAUUAUGGUUCUGUUCUUGUUUAUAUUCCAUGGCCAGUCAUCACAAAGCUACCAUAUCAUCAUCAUCAUCAUCAUCAUCAGAGGUUGUUAUUGGUUUGACUGUCACUAAGUUUUGGAACUGGGCUGGUUUAACGGUGUACAGCUGUCUGUAUGUGUCAAUGUUACACCAACACAGUGGGUUCAUCAGUGUUGCUGGCAUUAAUGUACGAUUGGUCAACAAACUGAGGUUUGCAGGGACAUUACUUCGAUAAGUCUGAAGCUGCCAGUUCAUACUUUACUCAUAUUCCAAUGUGAAUAUACGAUCCUAGUGCAGUACUUAUGUAGGAUGUUAUCAUGUGUUAUGAUCAGUAUCCAUAGGUAGAUGCAUAAUCAAGUCCAUGACAACAUGAAUCUGGCAUCUAGAUCUAAGAAAAGAGUGUACUCUGUAAAGAUUUACAAUAUUAUAAUAUUAAAGCAUUUUUGCAUUGAUCUCAAGUGAUAUAAUGAGAUAUUAUAAACGGGUAAAGAGGAGCAUAUUGGUUAAAUCCUUAGCUCGUCACGUCUAACAUCCGGCUCUUCACGUUUAAAGAACUGGGUUCAAUUCCCCACAUGGAUGCCCUGUAAAAAAUUUCUUUGAGUCACUGAUAAUGGGCUGGGAUAAUGUUAAAAUACAUCUAAAAAACAACCUUCACACAAUACCAUGUGAACAAAAUGUUCAUUUACCAUCAGAAAUAAAGUGAAUCAAGGACAUUACAGUCAUGUAUUCGUCUAAACCCUAGAUAUAUGGUUGUAUAAUUUGUAAGAUGUUUAAUUUUGUAAUGUAUGAUUAAGUGGUAGCCCACAAGGGAAUGUCAUUAGUCCUUGUUGAAUUAUGCUAGUCUCAGACCCUCGGACUUGCGUUCAAAUCAAACUGUGCCAAAGAUAAACACUAGCCUCACUGCCUGUACUUAUAACCAGCUGUAAUUCCGAGUGACAAAAGUCUCCCAGCAUCCCGUGCUGUCAGUUAAGGUGAUCCAUUGAUCAGAGAUCAGAGAUCUGUCAAUUUCUGUCAUCCUACACCAACAGUGUGAAUAUUUGUUCAUAAUGCUAAUCACUUGGUCCAAUUUUCAUUGUUUAUCAUUUGAUAUCAUUUGGAAGCCGCUGAUUUCCAAAUUUUCAACAUUGAACAACCUGUUGCCAGUAAAUAAUGGGCAUACUUGACCAAUGAGGGGUUAUGCCAGUUUACACAGCUUUGUAUGUAGGUGUAUGUGUGUGGUGCAAGGGUUCAGCUUGAAAUCUCCAACCAGCAUUGUCAAAAUCUUCUAUUUGUUUAUUCUUGAGUGCGAGAUUGCUUGUUAGACGAUCAGUUAGAAAGAAGAAGGGAAAAUUUUCACAUUUCACAUUGAAAAUUCAGUGACAUUGUCUCAUGAUGCCUCAGUGUGUUGACCAAUCAAAUUUAUUGUCACAUGACCCUUUGAGGCAGCUAAUUCUUUGCUUUUGUAUUCUCAGUUGUUGCAGAUGGUUUAUUUGUUAGAGGUUACUCAUUUCUUUAUUUAAGUGUUGUGUGAUGCGAGCUAUGUAUUGCUAUUAAAUCUUAUAUCUUUUAUAUUUAAGUUUGCUAUAUUUUGUUUUCUAUCACUGGGUCGUUUUUCAUCUCAUCUUCACUGAAGCCAAGAAAGAAAUCAUUGGCACCCGGUGUAGUUGUUAGUCGUGUGUUCCAAAUUUCAGAUCUGAUUCGCCAGGUAAUAUACUCUGUUAGUUUUGUAUCAGGAUAAUUUCCUCUGUUAUGGAGCAUGUUUGUAUGUAACUUACAAUUUGGAAUAAGUCAUUUGUGCAGGAUUGUAUCAAAAAUGUGUAAUCUUGGUAGGUUCUGACUGGUCAGACUUCUUAUCCUGAACAAUUUGGGGUAAUUUGUUUGCAUUAUAAAAAGUGUGGAAAAGUCAUCAACAACUUUUUUAAUGAUCAAAGACCCUGCAUAAUGUGCCUGUAUACUCUGAUGCCUGUAUUCUUUUUACUUUAGGAAUCUGAAUGGAAAAUAAUUAUGAAACAUAUCAUUAAGGAAUGCUGUGUCCAUUGUUAAGUUUCAUGUUUUGUAAUGUGAGGGAGAUGUUUUACGACCUUUUUAGUUGAAUGUAUAUGUAAACACCUUUACUUUGCUUGAAUCUCAUUUAACUCUCUGCAUAAUUUACACUCUAGCUUUUUAGCACCUCUAUUUUAAAGCUGGCAUUUUAUUUGUGUUGUUGUUUAUGAUAUGUAAAUAACUGCAGUUGUAAUUAGUGGCAUCUCACUUCAUGAAACUGUAAAUAUUACAAUGUACAAACUCACGGAACAUUAUCAUGUUGACAUCCUUGUCCCUGGACCUUGUUUGGAUACAGUUUCAUGGAACAAUUAACACUCAUUGCUGAUAUGCAGCUAUUAGUUUAUUGCAAUGUAAUGUAACAAGCAGGUAUAAUUAUGGUUGUUUUGAGUUUAGCUUAUGGGAGCAGAAAUGCCUGGUUUUGGAAAAUAUUGUCAAAGGAUGAUAAUAAUUGAUAACAGUCCAUAUCUUUUUUGACAUUACAAGCACAAUCAAUUUUAGAUUGGGAAUGUCAAUCAAAUUAUUUAGAAUUUGAUCUUUACCCUCUUUAUGUUUAAUAUAACAAAGCUUUGUGCUGUUUGACCAUACUUCGAUAAUAGGGGCUAUGGAAGGGAGGGUUUGUUAUAUAAACAUCGCUUUGCUGAUCUCUACUAGCUAAGCAACAUCAAUAUUAAUUUAUUCCAUCAUGUGCAGUCCAAAAAGUUAACCAAAUGGAUUACAAAAAUCAUAAAUUUUCAGCAUGAAGUAUAGUUCAAUGUUUUCCUUACUUCAGGGCAUUGAUAUACAGGCUUAUGAUACCCAAAUUUCUUGCUUAGCUCUUUCACAUUUUACAUUCAUUUUUUGUUGGUUACGAAAUAUUUGACCAAACAUUUAGUGCAGUUGGUUACGUUUUGAAUCAGCUUCCAGAUUAGUAUGGCUACAAAUGAAUGAAAAGCAAAUUAAUAGUUAACCCUUUCAUGUAAUUACUAUCUUGAAAGAUAUUUAACUGUUUUGGGGUCUAUUUUGUGAAUUUUUGUUUGUAUGUUGUAUUUAUAAAGAUUUAUAUACUUAUUAUUCAUGAUUUCUUACCAACAGCAGUAACAAAAUCUUCUGUUGUGCUUUGUGUGGAUCUGCACACAUUUGCUUGUGUCAAUGCAUUAUACUUUAUAUUUUAGGUGUCUUUUUUCUUUUCUUUUUUUUUUUUUUCUUUUCCUUUUUUCUUCUUUCUUUCUUUGUCAGUUGAUCUUGUUAACUUACUGAAAAACAAUAGAAGGCCUUAUAUGCAAUUACUUUUGGAUUUGAGGUGUUGGAAGAAUGUAAGCUGCGAAAAGAGAACAGCCAUUUAUUAUGCUACAUGGUUUAUAUGGUUCAAGAUAUUUUAAUUAUUUUGUGUGUGUUGAAUUCGACCAUACCUAUGUACAUUUAUCUGUUGAAGGAGAAGGUAAUGAGAGUUGUCAUGGAGAUGAUCACCGUUGGUUACGUUCCCAUAGAUACAUUGCCAUUGUUUCAUUUAGGAGAGUAAUCAAGAUUUAUUUUGUUAUGUUUAAGCAGACUGGAACCUCUUAAGUAUUUAUUUGUAGAAGGUUCCAGUGUGUUCAAUAUUUAUUGCUCUGUACAUAUGUGACAUGACCUUUGACUGAACUGCUGUGGAUAGGCUCGUAGUUUCAUCUGAUUGUACUUGAUAUAUGCUUGGGACCGGGUAUGGGUGCUGCUAGUCAGAUUGAUACGUGGCUGGGUUGGUCAAUGCACUGGCAACUACUGACCAGCACAAUCAUGUAGUCCAGUUCUAUGAAUCAGAACAAAGUUAAAUUCUGAGUUUUUGGAUGGUGCCUCAUGAAGAGUACACAUAGCUUACCAUUUAAAGCCAAUUUUGAUAAUUUGGAAACAUCUUUGAUUAUUGUGUCAAAUUCUGAUUCUUCACAAAAAAUGAGGUUACAGCUUUCUUCCAAAUUUAGUCAAUUUUGAUAUUUAGGAAAAGCAUUUAAUUGUUUUGAGUUAUGAAAACAAAUUCUGAUACAUAUUCCAUUGUUUGACAAGAAAUACCCAACCAGUCCUUCCUAUACUGAUAUCUUUGAGUUGUCUGGCAUGAAGUGGAAAUGUUUAUGAGUGAUUUAUGCGAGAGUUUGAAUAAUUAAAUGAGUAUAAAUGACAGGACUUGAUGAAUAUGCAUGGCAGUGUAUGUACUUAUCAGUAACCCCCUUUCAUGACUUAAGCUAACAGCACUUACUUCCCCUUGGUGAGCUCUAUAUCCGCAGUAUCCUAUACUAGUCCAGUGAAUACCAGCUGUAUCAGUCUCAUUACCAAUACCAAAGUUUAACUUGCUAAUGCAUUUGUUUGAGUGGCAUUAUUGCUAAUUCAUUGAUCCAAUGCAAAGAUGCUAUCAUAUUAAUAUGAUAGCAUUGAAGCAGUAUUGUACUAGUGGUAUUGUAUCUGAUUUGAAUCAAUCAGUUUUAAUGUUUUUCUAUUUUUUAAUAAAAGGUGGUAUGGCAUUGUUCAUAUUGUCAUGGUGAGAAUAUGUAUACAUUAAUGUGUUCAGUGAUCAGUUUAGUCCCCUUUGUUGGAAUAGGUUACUUCUUCAAGAAAGUUGUCUUUGUAAACCUUUUUAUGACACAUAGAACAAACCUGUGUAUCUUGGAACACCAUCUCCCAAAUGCUAACAUUGGUGUUUGUCUAAUUAUUUAUUUAAGAAGUGCUUCUAAUUUAUUCACUGUCUCAAGAUGUUUCUUGUGUUUGCAUUUAAGUGCCGUACUGACGACCUGUUGUUCCCUAUUGGUUUACAAAUGUUCUUGUAUAAGAGGCUGCUAGCAAGUUGAAAAAACUUUAUUAUACAUGAAAUAUUAAAUGGUGGUCCAUUUUACAAGUUGCUGGUCCAUAUCGGAUGUUUAUUAACACUGUUGGUCUUUACUCCCCUGUUGCUGUUAAGUCUUAUUUAAGAAAAUUGUUUGUUAUUCUACAUGUUUUUGAUUGAGAAUGAUUCGGUGAAUAAUGACAAAUCUCACAAGACAUGCCACAUUAAGCAACUGUAUGUGCUUUUUAAUUUUAUUAAAUUUUAAAUUUUUUAAUUUAAUGGUCCUAUGACCAGACUCAUCUUCAGUGGGACAGGACAGGACAGCAAGAAGUUUCAAUCCUAAACCCAUUCUUAUGAUAUUCCUGCCAUAGGUGGAGAGAGAAUUGGCCUGACCGAUUCAGUGGUUGAACAAUGUCUUUCCUCAUAGUCACCUUUAUGCUACAAACAUGUCUAGAUACUUGCUUCCUGGUGCUGCUGGCGACAUCAUAACUCAUCAGCUGAUGGUUCAGGGCUAGCUUUUGGACCUUGUUCUUAUCUGUAAAAUGAAUAAUCAAAUUGGUCUUAAAGAAAGGAAAAUGGUUCAGAGGAAGACAAAUGUUUAUCAACCACUCCUAUAACCUAUUUAUCCAUAGCUUCCAGAUACUUGUGGCAUUAUUGUAAGUUGUAUGGCAGAAGCGAGUCUUGUGCUGUAAUGCAGGACAAGGGCAAUCAACUGUAUGUAAGGGGCAUUCAGAUUUAGGUGAUAAUAUGAAGAAUAUCUUAUACUUGUUUUACAUCUCUAAAGUUAAGGAACCCCACAAUUGGAAGUAUUUUUGGUAGGUGUUUUUAACUGCAUUUUGUAUUGAAAAUAGUUUGAUUCAGUACAUACAUUGUAUAUACUUACAAAGCAUCCAUUUGUUUUGUGGCUGGGAAGGGGUCGUGGUUCUUUUUCAGAAGAAUGUAAUUUUACCCAAGUUGUACCCAACAAAUGUAUUUCUUGAGCACCAUUAUAUGUUCUAUUCAAUUUCUCUUCUAACACAUCAAUUGAGUCACUGCCACAAGCUAUUCAUGCUCAUGAGCAAUGUCAACAAACUAUUCAUUUAUGGCAUAUUACUGUAACUAUUCUUUUAAAAAAUCCUACCUUCCCAACCCAAACCCCCCACCUCCACAAAAUCAACUGGAUGCCCCAUUAGACAAG